UUGAAGCGGCCCACAUACUAGUACACUACACUGCUGGGUAUAUAUACAUUCGUGUAUAGGUCUAUAUACUUUUUAUUUUUAUUUUGUUUACAGAGUAGCCUACGGAGUUGUGAAGAUCGAGUUAUAGUAUUUGUUUUCAUAAGACAUUAAAGAAGUUAAUAGCGACACUAUACAUACAGUAUGUCAGAAUAAAAUAGUAAAGUUUACUUCAUGGAUUUAAAACUUUAACGAAAAAAUAUAAAGGUAUUAUUACAGAUAUGUGAUUUGUGUACUAGAUUGCACAAAUGGCGGGAGAGUAUCGAGGCCAUGUCCUUGCUCAACAGGCUGAUCUGCCGGCAGUUUCAGUUAGGGACCAGCCGUCUCCACCUGUCCACAGAGCCCAGGAUAUAUCCCCGAAGAAUGUGUCGACAUCCUCUUCCGUCCACUGGUUCAGCGCGAGUCUGCCGGACGAACACCCGUGUCUGUUAACGGGAAUCACGUUCGUCUCUGGGGACAUUGUCGCCUGUGACAACGAGAAUAAAACGCUUAAAAGAUUUGAUAUAAACGGGAAAUUUCUAGAGGAACUAUUUUUACACGACCCUUGUGGCAUUUGCACUCUGCCCAAUUCUAGCGAAGUUGCCGUGACUGAGCCGGAUAUCAAGCAAAUCACAGUGUGUUCUUUAGAUGCUUCUCUUGAGAUUUCUUUUGAAUUGAAAACAAAAAAGAAAUACGAAUGUGUUUCUUCGUAUCAAGACAAAUAUGUAGCAGGCUGCUGUGAACUUGGAAGUGCAUCUGUAGACUUUAUUGACGGCAAUGGAACGGUUUUGCGUUCUAUUCUAGGCAACGUUGAUGGAAAGCUUAUCUUUAGAAAUCCUUCCGCAAUAGCAUGCUUACCUUCCGGCGAUUUACUUAUAUCAGAUCCCGGAAGUUGCGCAUUAGUUUGUGUGUCUCAGAACAAUAACACAAAAUUUAAAAUCGAACCUGGAGGUCGACCAAGCGGAGUGUGUUCUGACUUAAAUGGUGGAAUAUAUAUGGCGCAAUACGACUCGAACCUUGUUCUGCGUCUCUCGUCAGGAGGAAACAUAGAGGGGGUUGUUGUUGACGAAAAAUUCAAGCUGACGUCACCUCUUGCAAUGACGUAUGAUCUCAACCAACUAGCAAUAACGGAGGAGACACCUAGUGACAGAAUACUUAUUCUCAAGUUGCCUUCCAAACCAACCAAAGAUGCGGACCAAGGCAUGAGUCUUACAAACUUACGUGUUAGUACAUUAUGAUGUGAUUUUGUAAUAUGAGAAACAACGACAAACCGGCUUGUUGUGAAUUACGGUUAAAAUACAGCUCAAUCUUGCCUCCUCUGAUGAGUUAAGGGAUAGCGGAACAAAAUCAUGCUCAUGGAACAAAAUCACGACUAUGGAACAAAAACCACGCCUAUGGAACAAAAUCACGCCAAUGGAUCAAAGAACAAAAUAACACAAUGAAACAAAAACCACGCAUAUGGAAACAUUAAUUUGUAUAAGGAUUUGAUUUAUAACAUUGAUACACUAGUACUCCACGAAAUCCGCGUGUUUCCGUAACUCAGACCUUAUUUUGUAGCUGAAGCACUUUUACAAAAAUAUACAUUGCCUUAUAUAAAUCUUUAAACUAAAUUAAAAA